CUGCCAUCAGUAAUGCACCACUGAUGUAAACAAACUGAUUGGAAAACGCGUGAAAAUCAACGGUCUUGAUAGUGAACUUUUUUUUGUAACAAGCUAAAAUAUUUUUUUACACCCGUGUAGUUAGUUUAUUAUAAUUGGUGUAUAUUGUGCUCCGUAAUAUCUGAGUAUCACGUUUCAGACCGACCCAGCUUGCAUAGAUCGUUCAGCACGAUCAUAACGAACAGGCGGGAAGCAGCAUUUACUUUAGUGGCGCACACAUCACACCAACAGACACCAAACUUCCUAGUACGCCUAGUGUUCGCGUGCAUACGCAAUAGCAGCGCACUUACAAUUGAUCGUGGUGGGGCCGCAGCGGUUGAGAGAUUUCAUGCCACUCGCCACUGCCUGAGCCGUAGUUGAUUAAAAAUAAAACAAAACCACCCCAAACGUCAUCCGCUCCCGCCCACCUUUCCAUUACCAGCUCCGUACUUCGUUCCAUCCAGGAAAAAUUAAUCACGUUUCCCUUACCUUCCCCAAUGUUUGCUCUCUAAACAUCUCUCACUCGCACGCACACCGACGCGUAACGCAAACAAUUUGCGCGGUCGCGGACUCGCGAGAUAGAAUCGCGAGUUUUCGCAUCGUUCGGACCAUCGCUUAGAAGCUUGCCACGCGAGCUUGAGUCAGUAUUACUUGUGGAUUUCGUGCAGCAAGCAAGCCUCGCAAAGUUCGUCAUCAUGUUAUUCAUGUGCCACCAAAUGGCGCUGGAGCAAGAAUCCAAGGCCAAGGAGAAGGCAAACGCAUCGAAUCCAUCAUCUGGCAGCAGCUCACCGGCAGUACAGGUACCGAACGCUGGUGGCAGCUCGUAUGGCCACAUGCGCGACGCCAACGUUCCGAUCAUCUGGGUGCUGGGUGGACCAGGCUGUGGUAAGGGUACCCAGUGUGCCAAGAUCGUGUCGAAGUACAACUUUUCGCACUUCAGUACCGGUGAUCUGUUGCGCGACGAGGUCGCUUCCGGUUCGGAAAAAGGUAAGGAGCUGCAGGACAUGAUGAAGCAGGGUAUUCUGGUGCCAAAUGAGACCGUGCUGAAGCUGUUGGAAGCGGCCAUGGUGAAAGCGUUGAAUGGUACCGUUGGAUACCUGAUCGAUGGCUAUCCUCGGGAACCUGCCCAAGGACCAGAGUUCGAGAAGUUUAUCGCUCCGGUAGAUAUCAUCCUGUACUUCGAGUGUUCGAAUGAAACAUUGGUGGCACGUAUCAUGAAGCGAGCCGCUGAAUCGGCCACGGUUCGUGCGGAUGAUAACGAGGAUACUCUGAAGACUCGCAUUGCCACCUUCCGGGAAAAUACGGAAAAAAUUCUCGUGCAGUAUCCAACACAGCUGCGAAGGAUCAAUGCCGAACGUGCACCGGAAGAAAUUUUCGCCGAUGUGGAAAAAUCCAUCGACGAGCUGCUCGCGCUCAAGGGCAAGAAGUAAGCUGUCCAGCACCAUGUGAAAGGUUUCGUUUGCUUUAUCAGCGCAAGCAAUCCAGCAUCCAUGCACAAUCAUUCGUCUGUUCACGUGCGACUGUCCGGAUGGAGGAGCCACCUCUACGAUGGGGCACGUUUUGUUGGGGUGUACACUAUGCCGCACAACAAUAAGUAAGGCUAUCUCGAAACGUAUCAACGGUAGCAGACGGAGAGGAGGUAGAAUGAGGAGAAAACAAACAUAAUACGCUUAUCAAUUUCAAUAAUAGCUGUAAGACGGUAGACAAAAAAUUUUAGCGAAUGUGUGCAUGUUCGAUGGACCGAAUUCGGCAUAGAGUGAAGCCGGUGUUGUUUUUUUUUUAGCGUAGUACAAGCAAUCAAUCACCGUUUGUCGUUUUUACUGUCGUUUUAUCAACUAUAUCAACUAGCAAACUGCUCAGUUGUUCUGCAUAUAUAGCUGAAGCUAGCUCAAGCCAAAGAAUGCGUUCUACAGUGUUUGUCGAUUUGUCGUUUCGCUUGCGAGCCGGGAACAAAUGUUCUAAUAAAUAAGAUUCUAUAAAGCAA